AUGAUGAGCACUUUCGCUCCUGCUCGCCAUCUCACCCGUUGUUGUAUCUCCCGGCUGAGUUGUGCUCGUUUCGUCUCAACUUUCGUCAACGUGGUCAGAGAACAGAAUGAUGCCUACACUAAGAAGGCCUUGAAAUGCUAUGAGGAGUCUAAGGAUGAAGUUGAUAGAAAACUCGACCCUGUAUUCAACACGAAUGCAUUAGUUCUCUUUAUGGACGGCACUGUUGAUGCCCCCAAGGGCCAGCUCAGCUUGAACGUGGUUAAGAUGCUCACAGAGAUCGUUCGUCAGAUCCAAGCUGUACCGUUGGUGACUGUAGACGUUACUGAGCAUCCUGCUGUCACCGGGUAUACUGUUGCGAAGAGUGGGUCUGAGGUUACACCACAUCUAUAUUACAAUGGCAAUUUUUAUGGAGACCAUGACAGGGUCAAGAAACUCCAUUGUACUUGA